GAGAACAUAAUGGAAAGAAGAUCAUCUUCAAGUCAUGUCAGUUUUCGUAUACCAAAGAAGAAAACAAACACCAAGUCAGAGGAUGUCCAAGUUCAGUCCCCUUUGCCAAGGCUCCCAGGCAACCACCAUUGGGACUACCCUUUAAAAGAGUGGAAAUUAAGUGCCAACAACAGAGAGCCUUCCACAAAAGGAAAAAGGCAAAAGGACUGUGACAGACACAGCUCUAAUGAUGAAGAAUCAAUUGGGCAACCCAAAGUUAUCUUGACGAAUGUCCUGAGGACGAAAAUAGGAAGAAAAUAUACACUGGCGCAACUUAAAACUCGUGCUAAUUUUUCUGAUGCUGGCAAGCUGCAGUCAGAUCAAGCACUCUCAUCAUCUGCUGCCAGCCUAAAGAUAUGGCAAAUUUUAAACCCUACUCUUCAAAGCCUUUUUCUGUCUAAAAGGCAACCCAAAGUUAUCUUGACGAAUGUCCUGAGGACGAAAAUUGGAAGAAAAUACAUAGACAGCCACGUAAUAAUUGAUGCAAAUUUAGCUGAUGCUGACAAAUUACAGUCGGGUCAACUACUCUCAUCAUCUGUUGCCAGCCUACAGACAUGUCAGAUAUUAAGUUCUCCUCAUGAAAGUUCUUUUCUGUCUGAAAGGUCCGAGCAUUGCCUGAGAAAAACAAAUGAUGAAGUGUGUAAAUUGACUAAAGCUUCUAAAGAACCAGAAAAAAAUAAAGUCUUAACUUUUAGAAGACGAGAGCUGCAAAAGAAAGAAAACAAGAACUAUGAUGAACUGGAAAAGAGGAGCAGAAACAUGAACAGCACCACUCUUAGUCAGAAGGAAUCCAGCUCUUUUGAUUCUGAGAAAAGGAAAAGAAGAUCUAGUGGCCAUAUUUUUGAUUAUUGUAAUGCACACAUUCCAGAAAAAUCAUUUCUACUAUCUAAAGAGCGAAGAUUGAGUUCAACUCAGUCUCCUCGCUGCAGAACACCCUGUGAAGAUGAACAAGGUCACAGAUCCAAUACAACUCUGGUGCCGGAUUGUAUUUCCCAGCCAUUAGAAAGAGACUGUAAAGACAUUUCCACCCACAACCACUUAAGUCCUGCUCACAGCUGCACAGAGAAACCUGGCUCAGAGUCUCCUCACAGAAAUUUGUCAGAGAAACAGCUUUCUGCCACCAGUGAGGAUGUAAUUUCACCACAAGUUAGUACCAUCAGGAAAUUAAAGAUGGAUACUUCGCAGUACCUGAGCAAGCUGCGUAACAGAAUCAGCAGGGGUGAUCGGCAACCUGCUUCAGUUGACCCAAUUGUCCUUUCCAGUGAUGAUGAUGAUGAGGAUGGACCUUCUGAAUGCACAGAGCUGCUGCAGGAUAAUAUCACUGACAAUAAAGAAACAGACCAACAGUCUGACUUCUGUUUCUCAGCAAAGCUAUUGGAAAACAACAUGGAAAGUCACACAGAGAAGUUUUUAACAGAGUCAUUUGAAGAUAAAUGUCCUAUCAGUUUACCUCCUGGAAGCACAUCUAGAAAAGAGAUGGCCCCAGGAUUGGAUGUUGAAUUUGAUAAUCUGUACAUUGGGAAAUUUAAAUGGUUACCAACAGGUCCUGCUAGGUUUACAACCAAGUGUAUUACGAUCCCAUUUCAGGUGGCUCUUAAUAAGAAUAUUAAGCUGACAGUGGAUACUCUGGAUCUGAGAAGAUUUGGCUUGUGGAGAGUUGAUGGUGGCAGUUCUUCAGCAAUGAUAAUUUUCCUUUGGUUAUCUGUAGAUUAUGUGGAAAAAAUUGAAACCCAACUAGGAAAGUUAGUUACCAGCAAGCCAUCCAAAUCUAGUGAAUUUGUCUUUCUUGAACUAUCCCAACCACUCACAGAAUGGAAAGAAGACAGACUAAAUGCACUGAUUACAAGUGUGAGCAAGAAGAACAGAGCACCAGAUCUCUCUGAGGCUUUGUCUUUGAAGCAAGCAUUACCCUUGUUGAAAGACCUUUCUCCUGAAGAGAGCUCUUUUAUGAGUUACAGUAAGGAUCUACUAAAGCAAUGUAUGCCAAAAGUGGGUACCUUGGAAGCCCAUGAGCCUGCAAUUCAGGAAUCGAGACCAAAAGUGGCCAGGCCCAGUUAUGCCCUUGCAAAUAAACAGAGUAGUGGUUUCUAUUCUAUCUCUCUGUCCUCUGCACUGAAUGAAGAAUGGAAAGAAGUAAGAGAAAUUGGAGCAGUUAAGAACUUAAUUGUUUAUCCACCCCCACCCGCAAAAGGAGGACUGGGAGUCACAAGAGAAGACCUAGAGUGCUUAGAAUAUGGAGAGUUUCUCAAUGAUGUCAUCAUUGAUUUCUAUCUUAAAUACCUGUUGUUGGAGAAGGCACCAAAACAUCUUGCUGACCGUACACACAUUUUUAGCAGUUUCUUCUAUAAGUGCCUGACCAGGACAGAAAAAAACUCUGAGGGGGAUCUCAAAGUUUCAGCAGCACAGAGAAGACACAAAAGAGUAAGAACAUGGACUCGUCAUAUAAACAUCUUCAGUAAAGAUUAUAUCUUUGUGCCUGUGAAUGAGGAGUCUCAUUGGUACAUUGCAGUUGUCUGUUUUCCUUGGUUAGAAGAAGCUAUGUAUGAGGACUGUCCCCAUCAGAAUUCAGAGUAUCACCAGCCUCAACAGUCUCCACUUUGGUCAGAGAGUGAGAACACUAGACCUGGUUCAGUGUUGGUCUUUCCUGGCAACUGCAAGGAUGAAGAAGAAAUGGAUGCUACCAGAAGUUUAUUCUCAAAAGUAGAUGGCAAUGAAAUUGCUGCUUCUGCUUCAAUCCUGGAUUCAUGUCUUUCUAAAAUCUCCCUAAGUAAUUCCAAAAAGCAGAUUUGUAAAAGGCCUUGUAUACUCAUCUUAGAUUCUUUGAAAGCUGGUUCUGUGCAGAAAACAGUUCAGGUUUUGAGAGAGUACCUUGAAGUGGAAUGGGAAGCUAAACGAAAAACACAUCGAGAAUUUAGUAAAUCAACAAUGAUUGACCUGUGUCCCAGAGUGCCUAAACAAGAUAACAGCAGUGAUUGUGGGGUCUAUUUGCUGCAAUAUGUGGAAAGCUUCUUCCAGAAUCCCAUAGUUAACUUUGAACAGCCACUGCAUCUGGAGAAUUGGUUCCCUCGUCAGGUGAUCAGAACCAAAAGAGAAGAAAUUCGAGACCUGAUCUUGCAACUGCACUUUCAACAGCAUAGUGGCAGCAGCACCUAAUAGAUACAAUAAACAAGACCUGGCAAAGAGCACUGCUGUAUGAAGUAACUGGAACUCUACCUAGCAGCAUUUGGGCUCUUUCUGCCUUGCGAGGAAGAAAAUAAAACACCAAAAACCAACCAACAAAAAACCCACAAGAAGUAUUUUGUUUGUUCAGUUUGUAUUUAUUCAAAGAAUUUUUUGGUUUUUGUUUGGGUUGUGUAGUCAUAGAAUGGAGUUGUGGUGAGGAGAGGAGAAGGUUGUAGAUGAAAUGUAAAUAUGUAAGUUAAAGUUAAUACAUAUAGAUUGCUACUUGGAAUAUGAAAGCUGCAUACAGGUAUGUGCCACAACGAUAUAAAAAUAUUUUCAUCUUUUGGAGCCUGUUCUUUACAAUUCUACAUAAACACAGAUGAUCAUUUAGGAGUCAUGCCUGAAACGGGAUUUUGACCCUAUACUGUGUUUCUUGAUUUUGCAGCUCAUACAGGUAGAAUGAAUACUAUGUAUUGUUUUAAUUUAAGGUUCUAAUAUUGACUCUCUUUAGAGAUGUAUUUUUUGUUUUGUUUCUGAUUAUAUACAGAAGUAGUCUGCAUGUGUCAGAAAAUUCUGACAAGUUUUGAGGCUACUGAGUUUUGAUUUCUUUAACUUUUUUUCCCUCCCUAGCACUUUCAUCAUAAAAAUUUAUUUCCAUGAGUGGAAGACAGUUCCUUGAGAGUGACCGUUGAAAUCCUUUAAAGUCAAGAGUGGAUAUUUUAAAAGUAUUUUCUGUGAUUUUUUUUGUCUUGCUGUCAAAGUACAUGCCAGUACAAUACAUGUAGACAGUAGAUUUUCAAUCCUAUUUGCCUUAUUUUUAGGAGUUACUCCUCUGAAUCUUAUGGUAUCACUUGCAUUAGAAAAGCAAGCAGGUUGUGUCUCAACAACCUCAAAAGUUUGAGGUGUUUUACUGAAAAUUAAGGCCAUUUUAAUUCAAAAAGGACAUUAUCUUAUAUAUAAUGUGUUUAAGAUAUGUAGUUUGCAUAUAAGACAAACAGGAAUUAUACUUUGCUUAGGAGAAUUGAGUAAAGAAGCCCGAAUUUGAGUGUAUAAACUCAGACUUGAUUUGAUAAACAAGCACAAGUCUAUUGUCUUAGUAUGUAUUUAUGUAGUUUUUCCUCAGUGAUCACAUAAAACUUUAAUAACAUUUUGACAUGUGCACACUUUUUUUCUGUAGUUACUGCACAAUAGAAGGUUACUAUUUUAAGAGGAUGCUUUCUCCUGGUCCCCACUGUAAGUAAACUUAAGUGUCAUCCCACACUUCAGAAGGGACCAUGUGUCAGAUAACCACCAAAGCCACCUGUGUCAUAAAUGUAUCUACAAAAGCAGAGCUUUUAAAGCUGAAAGUAGGCUAGAGAGUUUAAAUAAAAACUUAAGGCAUCCAAAAGGUGCAAACAUUUUUAUGUCAUUGUAGAAUUCUCAGGGCCCCUUCCCUCAAGGACAACUCCGAAACCUAGCAUUUGGGAAGUCCAGUUAUUACUUCAGGUUCUGUACAGUCAUUAAAAAAAAAAAAAAAAUAAAAAUCAACCCACCAUUGUUUCUCAAACCAGAAAGCAUUCUUUCUGGAGAAGGGAGGCAAUUUUAAAACAAAAUAAUUCGCUGAGCACAGUUACCUUCUGUGUAGCUGUGAGCAGCCUAGUACAAUUACUGUGUUUUUUUUCUCUUUUGUUGCUACUUUAAUUCUGUAGUUUGUCAUUACCCCCUCACCAUCUGUCCCCCUCAUCCCAGAGAUUCUGUGGCUUCCUUCACCUAAAUCACAUCAUCAGCAUUACUUACAGGGAUAAUCUCUGUAUUUGUUGUAAGACAGAUAAAAGAUAAAAAUGUGGAAAUAUAUGCCCUUUCUCUGCCUUUUUAACGGAGGAAUAUUUUCAGUGUUCCCUUAUGAAAAAUAGCUUC